UUGAAUGAUUUAAGGCCAAUUUGAGAAUAUUUAAUACGUCGAAUCCGAUUCCUUCUGGUAUGAACUGCGGCCCCUCUCCUCAGAUCCCUUCUUCUCCCUCCUCCCUGUUUCUCCGAUUCUAACUCACUCCAGUUCCAGUUUUCGUGCUCACUGUCGAAUCGAUUGAAGUCGCGGUCUUCCUACAUGUUUGGUUGAGAUGCCUUCCUGUCUGGAUUGAGUUCUUUGUGUUGCGUGAUUAUAAUAGAACGCUCUCUUUUCCGGCGCAUUGUUGGUUUGGUGAAAUUGCGCUUCCGAGAUACAGAUCGCAAGUCGAGUCUCUAAUGGCUAACAAGGGGAAACCGAGACCGGCUAAGUUGUCUGUAUACCUUUACAUUCCCAAUAUCGUUGGGUACAUGAGAAUUCUCUUGAAUUGUGUUGCCUUUGCUGUAUGCUUUUCAAACAAGACGCUCUUCUCGCUGCUCUACUUCUUCAGCUUUUGUUGUGACGCUGUCGAUGGAUGGUGCGCUCGUAAAUUCAACCAAGUUUCCACGUUUGGAGCUGUUCUGGACAUGGUGACAGAUAGAGUUAGCACAGCCUGUCUACUCGUUAUUCUCUCCCAGGUUUACAGGCCUAGCUUGGCCUUCCUAUCAUUGCUGGCUUUAGAUAUUGCUAGUCACUGGCUGCAGAUGUACAGUACAUUUCUAUCAGGGAAGACCAGUCAUAAGGACGUGAAAGACAGCACGAGCUGGCUCUUUAAACUCUACUAUGGAAACAGACUGUUUAUGGGUUAUUGUUGUGUUUCUUGUGAGGUUCUUUAUAUAAUCCUUCUGCUCAUAGCAAAGAAGCAAACCGAAAAUCUGAUGAACGUCUUGGUAGAUUCGCUGACUCAGAUUUCGCCACUGUCCGUUCUUCUGGCGUUGAGCAUAUUCGGUUGGGGAAUCAAGCAGGUUGUCAACGUCAUUCAGAUGAAAACAGCUGCGGAUGUUUGCGUUCUUUAUGAUAUCGAGAAGAAGCAGAAGCCCUGAGAUGUUUUAACAAACCCACUUCCCUGAAAAGCUUUUUUUUUUUUUUUUUUGUGUACAACACCUACAUUAGAAUGGGUACAUGUAUGAGUUCUCAUCUUUGUCCAUGGAUGUAGAUAAACCUUGUCUUUGUUUUGAUGAUGAUGAUGAUGAUGAUGAUGAUGAUGGUAUUUGCCUUUCCUUUUCUUCAA